AUGGGAAAGAAGCACGCGGCAGGUGGCGGCGGCGGCUGGUUCGCCGCCGUCAGGAAGGUGUUCCGGCCGUCGGCCUCCUCCUCCUCCUCCUCCUCUGCCACUACCUCGUCCAAGGACAAGGACAAGGAUGCCUUGCAGCGCGGGAAACAGGACGGCGCCGGCGAGGAGGAGGCCGCCGAGGAGCCGGAGGUGCUGCUGCUGGAGCACUUCCCGGCGUCCGAGACGUCGGCGGAUGCGAGCAACGACAACGAGGGCGGCGACGCGGAGGUGGCGGCACUGGCAGCAGGAGUGCGGAAGAAUGGUCGUCGUCAGGAGGACGAGGAAGAAGAGGAGGAACUGCUGCUGGCCGACGACAUGGAGCGCGCGAGGGCGCUGGCGGCCGCGGCCGAGGCCGCCGUGGCCGCGGCGGAGGCGGCGGCCAGAGUGGUGCGGCUGGCGGCGCUCCGGCGCUUGACCCGGGAGGAGCGCGCCGCCGUGCGCAUCCAGGCCUACUACCGCGGAUACCUGGCCCGGCGAGCCCUGCGCGCACUACGUGCCCUGGUGCGCCUGCAGGCGCUGGUGCGCGGUCACCAGGUGCGGCGGCAGGUGCACCUCACCAUGCGCUGCAUGCAGGCCCUGGUCCGAGCCCAGGCCCGCGUCCGCGCGCGCCGCGUCACCGAACACCCGCUCCUCCUCCUCCCGCCGCCGACACCGCCAGCCAGCCGCUCCACCGUGCUAGGAGCAGCGGGGCGUCCACCAUGCGUCGAGCUGGCAUUGCAGGGCGACCACGACUUCAGUGACGACGACGAGGUGGCAGACCUGUUGCUGCGGCAGAGAAGCAGAAGCAGAGGCAGGUUCGGAAGAGGCGAGGAUAACGGCGGCGGGAGGAGCCCUUCCGGCGCCUGGGACAGCAGUAGCCGCACCCUGGAGGACGCCAGGGCCGAGGGCGCGCGCCGGCACGACGCCGCCGCACGCCGGGAGCGGGCGCUCGCCUACGCCUACGCCUACCAGCAGCGGCAGUGCCAGCGGCAGGAGGACGAGAAAGCCGGCCUGGGCUUCCACUGGUUGGAGCGCUGGAUGGCCGCGACGCAGGCGCAGCAGCCGGAGCACGCGCCCGACCACGCCAAGACUACGCACCAGAGCACCACCGCCAGGACGACGUCCUACGUCACGGCGGCCGCUGCUUUCCCGAACGGCAUGUCGGAGAAGACGGUGGAGAUGGAGACGACGUCCCGGAGCCCACUGAACCAGGCCGCCACGGUUGCGCACGGGCGGCCGCCAGCGAUCCCACGCUACAUGGCCGCGACAAGGUCGGCUCGAGCCAAGGAGCGUCCCGUGCCGCCGUCGUCCACACCGACGCACGCCAGGAGCCGGUCCGGCGGCGGGCUCGCCGGGGACACGUCGUGCUCGGGCCAGAACGGCAGUUCAAUCGCCGGGUACAGCCCGGACUCGAGCGGCACAGGAGACUGGACCCCGCCGCGGCUUGGUGUCAGCACGCGCACCAGCAGGGUGGCCUAUACAUGA